AUGCCGAAUACCAACCACGGCAUACGAAGACUUUCGUCAACCUCCUCGGACGUCAAAGGCGGCGGCAAUACGUCUCAGCAAGACGAAAUCAUGGAGAUCCAUAGCCAGGUGCUCAAAAUGAUUGAAAUAUUUGAGCGAAUGUCCGCGAUGCUCGAGACAAUAGAAACACGGAGCAAAGAACAAUAUCUACAGGCCUCGUGGGCUUUAUUGCUGACCGUUCAGCAAGUCCCAGUUGGUUCAUACCUUGCUAUAGUUGUUACCCGACCAUGUACAUCUGCGAAUCGAAACGUACUACUCCCUUGUGGUGCUCAUGGUCACGAACAAUGCCUUUGGGCUCUGGCCACCUCUACGAUGUUCGCGCAACUCCUCCAGGAGACAGAAAAUAUUUGCUGGGGUCCAUAUUUCACCCUUAACGUAUUUUCUGCGUCCAGAUGUCAGUUACGACCUGUUAUCAAUAGGAUGAUGGGAGUUUCUUUUGCACCUGUGGCAGAACUUGAACCACUGCCACCUCUGUCCACUGGGCCGGUCUCUGAUUCCUUGAUCUUACGAGCUCGAGUUGUCCGGGUACUCAUGAUGGAAGUGUGGCGUCGGAUUGUUUGA